CGAAAUGCACCGCCCCACACGUCACUGCGACGGGCGCGAGUCUCUGACAUCAUAGGACUGCGCCGCGGCGAGGCGACGGGAGCGGGACAGUUGCCGCAGGGGCCCCAGCGCGGAGGAAGGUCCGCCUCCGGUGGCGACCCAGAGAUCAUCGUCAUGAGUCAGUUCAACUUUGGUGCCUCAGGAGGCACUGCUGGAGGGGGCUUCAGCUUUGGGACUCCGAAGACAACAGCCAGUGCAGCCCCCACAGGCUUUUCCUUUUCCUCAGCCACUUCUGGAGGGGGCUUCAGUUUCGGCACACCCACCCAAAACCCUGCGAAUGCCCAGCCUUCAGGCCUGUUCUCCUUUGCAACUCCAGCCACCUCGGCACAGACCUCUGGCUUCAGUUUUGGUACCCCUGCCACCUCCACAGCCGCUCCUGCUGGAAAUGUCUUCACCUUGGGGGGAAAUGUCCCCAAGUUGAACUUGGGAAGUACCGCCACAACACAGGCUGCAGGCAUUACGGGAGGCUUUGGGCUGAGCAGCAGUGGACUGGGUGGCACUGCCCCUAGCAGCAGCAUGCCCACCAGCCAGUCAGCAGCACCUUCGGGCUUUGUGUUUGGCUCCACCACCACUACCCAACCUGCUACAACUGGUGGUUUCAGCUUCAGUAGUGGGGGAGCAGCACCAUCUGCACCCCCCACCUUCAGCCUUGGCUCAGUGGCAAAUGCCUCACAGCAACCACCGGUCGUUGGGUUAACAUUUGGAGGCGCUCCUGCUCCCACCAGUGCCGCUCCCACCACAACUGCGGCAACGCAGCCAGCCACAGUGUUCAGCCUUGGGGCCCAGUCUACAGGCUCAGGCUUUGGGUUGCUAACAUCAGCAGCAGCCACCCCCACUGUUUCCACAGGAUCUCUGACCCAGGGGCAGGUCUUGCCCUUUGGAGCUAAGCUUGGAGGUACGACUGCUACCUCUACGGCACCUGCAGCCACAACGGCAAAUUCCCUUCUUGGCCUCUCGGGACCUACUCUGUUUGCAUCCAUAGCAAGCUCCUCGGCACCAGCCACCUCCACUCCUGCUAGCCUCUCACUUGGUGCCACUUCCACUGGGACAACGACCUCUGCUGGGACUUUGGGGUUUGGCUCAAAGGUCUCUGGAGCAACAACGAUGACGUUGGCUGCUGGCCCCACCAUUACUAGUGCCACCUCUGCGCCCAGUACAGGAUUCAUCUUGAGCCUAAAGCCACUGGCCACAACAACUACGGCAGUGUCCACAUCCUCUGUGGUCACCACAUCAGUCACGGCUCCCCCUGUGAUGACCUACGCUCAGCUGGAGAGUCUGAUUAACAAAUGGAGCUUGGAGCUGGAAGACCAGGAGAAGCACUUCCUCCAGCAAGCCACCCAAGUCAAUGCCUGGGACAGGACACUGAUCGAGAACGGCGAGAAGAUUACGUCUUUGCACAGAGAAGUGGAGAAAGUGAAGCUGGAUCAGAAGAGACUGGACCAGGAACUGGAUUUUAUCUUGUCCCAGCAAAAGGAGCUUGAAGACCUGUUGAUCCCCCUUGAGGAGUCUGUGAAGGAGCAGAGUGGCACCAUCUAUCUGCAGCAUGCGGACGAGGAGCGGGAGAAGACGUACAAGCUGGCAGAGAACAUUGAUGCCCAGCUGAAGCGCAUGGCACAAGAUCUGAAAGACAUAAUUGAGCACCUGAAUACCUCUGGGGGCCCUGCGGACACGAGCGAUCCACUCCAGCAGAUCUGCAAAAUCCUAAAUGCGCACAUGGAUUCUCUCCAGUGGAUCGAUCAGAAUUCAGCGCUGCUGCAGAGGAAGGUGGAGGAGGUGACGAAGGUGUGUGAGAGUCGCCGCAAAGAGCAGGAACGCAGCUUCCGGAUCACUUUUGACUGAGGAGAGCAGAAAUUAUGUCGCCCCUUCCCCUCCCUUCCCCCCCCCCGGAUGUGCACGUGUGGAGAUGUAUGCUAGAAGCUGAGACAUCUUGCCUCCUUUUGUAUCGUAUAAUAAAAGUCUUUUCUACCCAUCGCGAA